UGGUGUUGUUUAACCUGUUAAUCGGGCUCAGGUGGCAGUCCAAAAAGGCAUUUAACUGUUGUCUCACACAAGUUAACAGCCUACGGUUCUGAAGAGACAACACUUGCUAGGAGGACGCAUCUCUGAAAACAUCACAGGAUAAAGUGGACAUUAAAUUUGAUAUGCCGAAGACGCAGAUGUAACUAUACUCUAACUAAACAAUCAUGAACGGUGAAAGUCAAAAAGGAAGUUACUACGAAGGCCUAGUCCUUGAGGACUCUAAGGCAGGAGGAGUGGUCAUCACAGGAGUCACUGACCAAAACAUUACAGCUAAGAGUGGUCUCAAAUCAGGAGAUGAGAUUGUUGCUGCCACUAUACACUUGGACCACCUCAAUAAGGAUGACGUAUUAAAGAUCCUCAAGAUCAUUGAGCCUUAUGACGAGAACAUGAAAGUUCUGACAAAGCAGAACUUGAAAGCCAGUGUCAGCCUUGGUUCAUUGAAUGGUGAUCUUGAAGGUCUUGAAGGUUUUGGGGGUAUGCUCACGGAUAGCAACAGCAGAGGUUUGAAGAGUCAAAUCAAUGUUCCUAGCUUAAAUGGAGAAUCACUAAGUGAAGCAGGGCGCCUGAAAGGAUCCCAGUUUACAAUGCCCACAAUUGGAAUGGCUGGACCUAAGAUUAAAGGAGCACCUCUGGAUGGUACUCUGAGAGGCCCGGAGGUCAGUGCCUCUCCUCCACAGCUUAGCACUCCAGAAGCCCUACUUGACUUUGGGACACCUCAGGUAAAGACAGGUGGAACGAAAUACAAGGCUCCAAAGUUCAAGAUGCCCCACUUCAAUCUGCCUCAAAUGAAAGCAAAGCCACCAAAGGGAGACGUGAAUUUAUCUACAGAUGUUGAGGUCCCUGCUAUUAGCGGAGACCUCCAGACACCUAAAAUGGACCUUUCAGCUCCUAGAAUGGAAAUCAAAGCCCCUGGAGUAGAUGUAAAUGGGCCAGAUGUGGAUCUGGAUACCUCUAUAGAGGCACCCUCAGGUAAAUUUAAGUUGCCAACUUUGGCAAAACCCAAAUUUGGAUUAUCUGGACCAAAAGUAAAGGCGCCACAGGUGAAUGUAGAUGGUGAUCUGUCUGCACCUGCCGUUAGUGUUUCAGCCCCUGAGCUAGAUUUACAAGGCACAGAUUUAGACAUUGAGGCUCCUUCGGGUAAAUUUGUUUGGCCUCAUCAAAAGUGGGGCAAACCUGGGUUAAAAGUUAAGGCACCUGAUCUUGAGACACCAGGCGUGGAUCUCUCCACCCCAAACAUUGAAGGUGAGAUUACGGCACCAGAUGUUGACAUCCAAGGUCCCAAUGCUGACAUUGAAGCUCCCUCUGGGAAACUAAAAUUCCCAACAAUGAAAAAGCCCAAGUUCAAGCUCCCAGGCCAUAAGAUUAAAGCCCCAGAUGUUGAUGUUAAUGCAGAUGUUAACCCCAACCUCAGUCUCCCUGACCUGAAACUUGGUGCAGAACUAGACUCUAAUGAUUUGGACCUCAGUUUGCCAAAUGCAAAUAUAAAAGGCCCCAAUGCAGAUCUGAACACUCCUGAUGUGGACAUUGAGGCUCCAUCUGGAAAGUUCAAGUUGUUCACACUAAAAAAGCCAAAAUACAGACUGUCUGGACCAGAUGUCGAUGCUGAUCUGUCUGGCCCUGAUUUGAGUCUGUCCACCCCAAAUAUUGAUGGAGAAAUCAGUGCUCCAAAUGUUGAUUUGAACUUACCAAAAGCUGGCCUGAUAGGCCCUGAUGUAGACAUCAACACCCCAGAUAUUGAUGUUAACCCCCCUUCUGGGAAAUUCAAAUGGCCCACCCUGAAGAUGCCCAAACUGGGUAAAGUGAAAGGACCAGGCAUUGAUCUUAAUGGUGAUGUGGAUGCACCUAAAAUGGAGGGAGACAUCACUGCUCCAGAUAUAAAUGUCAGUUUGCCUGAUGCUGAUAUCCAACCCCCAGGUGUUGAUAUUGAUGCUCCCUCUGGAAAAUUCAAGUUUCCUAAAAUCCAUCUACCAAAAUUCGGAACAAAAGUCAAAAGUCUAGACAUUGAUACCGAUAUUAAGACUCCAGAUAUAGAUGUUAAUGGACCUGAACUUGAAUUGAACACACCAGACUUCUCUGCACCAAAGAUUGAAGGCAAUGUCAAUACUCCAGACCUACAUGUCAGUGUACCAAAUGCUAAACUGAAUGCUCCUAAAGUUGACCUUCAAAGCACAGAGGCUGAAGUUCCAUCAGGGAAAUUAAAGUUUCCUAAAAUGAAACUACCAAAGUUUGGCUCAUCAGGACCAAGAGUGAAAGGACUGGACAUUGAUGCUGACCUAAAGACCCCAGAUUUGAAUGUCUCUGUUCCUGAUGCCAAUGUACAACUGCCGUAUGCAGAUGUUAAAGGGACUAAUGUAGAUGUAAAUCUUUCUGCUCCCAAAGUUGAAGGAGACUUGUCUGGAGCUGAUGUAGACAUUAGUUUGCCCAAAGCAGACCUCAAAGGACCUGAUGUAAAUCUUCAAGCCCCAGAUGUUGACCUUGAGGCACCCUCAGGCAAAUUCCACAUGCCAAAAAUCAAACUGCCAAAAUUCGGUCUUUCUGGACCAAAGGUGAAAGGUCCAGCUCUGGACUUCAGCACUGAUUUGAAGGCUCCAGAUGUUAAUGUGAAUUUACCAACAGCAGAUGUCAAAGGUCUUAAUGUUGAUUUUAAGGCCCCAGACCUCAAUCUCUCAACUCCAACAAUUGACGGAAACAUUGCUGCUCCAGAUCUCAAAGUGAGUUUGCCAACAGCUGACCUCAAAGCCCCUGAUGUUGCACUGAAGACUCCACAACUCAACCUUUCUGCCCCAGAAAUCAAAGGAGAUGUCUCUGGGCCUAAUGUUGAUUUUAGUUUGCCCAAAGCAGACCUCAAAGGACCUGAUGUUAAUCUUCAAGCCCCAGAUGUUGACCUUGAGGCACCCUCAGGCAAAUUCCACAUGCCAAAAAUCAAACUGCCAAAAUUCGGUCUUUCUGGACCAAAGGUGAAAGGUCCAGCUCUGGACGUCAGCACUGAUUUGAAGGCUCCAGAUGUUAAUGUGAAUUUACCAACAGCAGACGUCAAAGGACUUGAUGUUGAUCUUAAGGCCCCAGAUCUAAAUCUCUCAGCUCCAACAAUUGACGGAAACAUUGCUGCUCCAGAUCUCAAAGUGAAUUUGCCAACAGCUGACCUCAAAGCCCCUGAUGUUGCACUGAAGACUCCACAACUCAACUUUUCUGCCCCAGAAAUCAAAGGAGACGUCUCUGGGCCUAAUGUAGACAUUAGUUUGCCCAAAGCAGACCUCAAAGGACCUGAUGUAAAUCUUCAAGCCCCAGAUGUUGACCUUGAUGCACCCUCAGGCAAAUUCCAAUUGCCCAAAAUUAAACUGCCAAAAUUCGGUCUAUCUGGACCACGGGUGAAAGGUCCAGCUCUUGACGUCAGCACUGAUCUGAAGGCUCCAGAUGUUAAUGUGAAUUUACCAACAGCAGACGUCAAAGGCCUUGAUGUUGAUCUUAAGGUCCCAGACCUCAAUCUCUCAGCUCCAACAAUUGACGGAAACAUUGCUGCUCCAGAUCUCAAAGUGAAUUUGCCAACAGCUGACCUCAAAGCCCCUGAUGUUGCACUGAAGACUCCACAACUCAAUCUUUCUGCCCCAGAUAUCAAAGGAGAUGUCUCUGGGCCUAAUGUAGAUAUUAGUUUGCCCAAAGCAGACCUCAAAGGACCUGAUGUAAAUCUUCAAGCCCCAGAUGUUGACCUUGAUGCACCCUCAGGCAAAUUCCAAUUGCCCCAAAUUAAACUGCCAAAAUUCGGUCUAUCUGGACCAAGGGUGAAAGGUCCAGCUCUGGACUUCAGCACUGAUCUGAAGGCUCCAGAUGUUAAUGUGAUUUUUCCAACAGCAGACGUCAAAGGCCUUGAUGUUGAUCUUAAGGUCCCAGACCUCAAUCUCUCAGCUCCAACAAUUGACGGAAACAUUGCUGCUCCAGAUCUCAAAGUGAAUUUGCCAACAGCUGACCUCAAAGCCCCUGAUGUUGCACUGAAGACUCCACAACUCAAUCUUUCUGCCCCAGAUAUCAAAGGAGAUGUCUCUGGGCCUAAUGUAGAUAUUAGUUUGCCCAAAGCAGACCUCAAAGGACCUGAUGUAAAUCUUCAAGCCCCAGAUGUUGACCUUGAUGCACCCUCAGGCAAAUUCCAAUUGCCCAAAAUUAAACUGCCAAAAUUCGGUCUUUCUGGACCAAGGGUGAAAGGUCCAGCUCUUGACGUCAGCACUGAUCUGAAGGCUCCAGAUGUUAAUGUGAUUUUUCCAACAGCAGACGUCAAAGGCCUUGAUUUUGAUCUUAAGGCCCCAGACCUCAAUCUCUCAGCUCCAACAAUUGACGGAAACAUUGCUGCUCCAGAUCGCAAAUUGAGUUUGCCAACAGCUGACCUCAAAUCCCCUGAUGUUGCACUGAAGACUCCACAACUCAACCUUUCUGCCCCAGAAAUCAAAGGAGAUGUCUCUGGGCCUAGUGUAGAUUUUAGUUUGCCCAAAGCAGAUCUCAAAGGACCUGAUCUUCAAGCCCCAGACCUCAAUCUCUCAGCUCCAACAAUUGACGGAAACAUUGCUGCUCCAGAUCUCAAAGUGAAUUUGUCUACAGCAGAAGUAAAGGGAGAGAAUAAUACAUCUCCAAGUGGUGAAGCCAAUCUUCAAAACUUAUAUUCACCAGAUCCACCAAAAAGUACAUCCAAAUGGUUAACUAGGUGGAGUUUAGACGAAAAAGAGGAGUCGUCUGCCUCAGAAACUGAAGGAAGUAUUAGUGAGGAUGAAACUGAAAACGAUUUAUCUAACAUUGAGGUGGAAGUUCCCAAGUUUAAAUUCCACAGACUACCAACACACAGCACUGAAAACCUUACAGAAUCUAUCGGAGUCUUAAAUUUGGACACAAUAAGUCCAAAAAUUAAAGGUUACUUUAGACCAGAUGCUGGCGCCACUUUGCCAAAAGUGUGUGUAUCGACAAAUCAGGGAAAGAAGGGCACUUCACCCUCCGGUCCUAUUGACAUAAUGGAGCGACUUCGAUUGUCUAAGGCAAAAACUGCUACAGUUAAUGUUUCACAGCCUGAAGUGAAAAGUGAUCUUAAUCUGGCAGGGGAUGUCACCGCUCCUAGCCUUGCUGUAGGCUCCACUACAGAUACAGUCAAAAUGGCAAAAUCUGAGUUUGGAAUCAAUGUGAAUUCUCCUGAAAACUCAUCAGAGGGUAACGAUAGCAUGUCAAGAAGCCUCUCAAACAUGCUUGGCCUAAACAUUAAUUAAACAUCCAGAUGCUGAUUGAUUUUAGUUCCAAGCUUUGAGAGUCUCCAAAAAUGUCCAAAUGGAACUUGUAAAAAUGGAACUGGAACAUGUAAAUGGCUAACGAUUCUAAGCCGCCAUGACAAAGUCUAAUAACACUUUACAUUUUUGUGACUUAGAAUGCAUAACCUUUUACAACCUAUAACAGCUUAUUACAACACUUUUUACACUGUCAAAUAUUUUGUGUAUGACAGGGAUCACCACCUAAUGGAGCUUGUUUGUUACUAUGUACAAUUAGAAAGUAGUAUUUUAAUAUUUGUAAAUACAUUUACCAAACACACUAAUGUUGUACUUAUGCAGUGUCUUGAGUUAGAUAAGUUUAAUGAUGGAAUAAAUUACUUCAUUCCUGACCUUGUGUGUGAAAACACGAUUUAAAUGCUACAUUUAUUGAAAUACCUGUCUACCUGUAUGGGUAUUUUUUAAGAAAUAUAUCUGCAUGGAAUUUGAUUCAGUUCAGUGAUGUUUACCUUUGAACGCAAUCUGAAUGAAUUAUAUAUUUUUGUAUAUUAAGUGAUGGCAAAUUUAUUAUUGUAUACCGAAAUCAUUUGUUCUGUUAAAUAAAGUACUUCUAAUUCUAA